AUGUCGUGGAACAUCACAAAGAAGUUAAAGGAAACCCAUCUCGGGCCUCUGAGCCCCUUUUCCCGAUCGCCGUCCACCUCUACCAUCACAGACAAGGAGGGCAAAGGCCAACCGAAUGCGGGCUCUCCAAACCCCGCGGCGGACAAUGCCAUCGCUGCCUCCGAGGCCAUGACCCAAGCACCAGUCGUCAAGCCCCCCAAGCCCGGUAUCCUGGUUGUCACCCUCCAUGAAGGACAAGGAUUUGCCCUCCCAGAGCAGCACCGAAAUGCCUUUACAUCCUCACACCAAGGGUCGCUCUCACAGGGCAACGCCUUGAGCAUGGCCGGCUCUGUGCGGCCGCCCUCGUCACAACGUGGCGCCCCCAGUUCCUUCGUCAACGGAGCCAAUCGACCUCACUCGUCUGCCGGCGGCUUCACCGGCAUCCCGACCAACCACGGUCGAAUCUCUGGCAAGUACAUGCCCUACGCUCUUCUCGAUUUCGACAAGGUCCAGGUCUUUGUCAACUCGGUCGACGGGAACCCCGAGAACCCUCUGUGGGCUGGUGGCAACACCCAGUACAAGUUCGAUGUGUCAAGAGUAACAGAACUUGUCAUUCACCUUUACAUGCGCAACCCUACCGCCGCCCCCGGAUCAGGACGUAGCCAGGACAUCUUUUUGGGCGUGGCUCGAAUCAACCCCCGCUUCGAGGAGAGGGUGCCCUUUGUAGAGGACCCCAAGGCCAGUAAGAAGGACCGCGAGAAGGCUGCGGCCGAGCAUGCGGCUCGUCACAAGGGCGAAGGCCACCGCGGCGCCGAGUGGGUCAACGUGCAGUACGGCUCGGGUAAGAUCAAGAUCGGUGUGGAGUACGUCGAGACGCGGGCGGGUAAGCUCAAGAUUGAGGACUUUGAGCUGCUCAAGGUCGUGGGCAAGGGCAGCUUCGGCAAGGUCAUGCAGGUGCGCAAGAAGGACACGAACCGAAUCUACGCCCUCAAGACGAUCCGCAAGGCACACAUCAUUUCGCGAUCCGAAGUAGCCCAUACCCUGGCCGAACGGUCUGUGCUGGCGCAGAUCAACAACCCCUUCAUCGUCCCGCUCAAGUUCAGUUUCCAGUCACCAGAGAAGCUGUACUUUGUGCUGGCAUUCGUCAACGGAGGCGAGCUGUUCCACCACUUGCAGAAGGAGCACCGAUUCGAUGUCAACCGAUCCCGGUUCUACACAGCUGAGCUGCUGUGUGCCCUGGAAUGUCUCCACGGAUUCAACGUCAUCUACCGCGAUCUCAAGCCUGAGAACAUUCUGCUGGAUUACCAGGGUCACAUUGCCCUCUGCGACUUUGGCCUGUGCAAGCUGGACAUGAAGGACGAGGACCGGACCAACACUUUCUGUGGUACCCCCGAGUACCUGGCACCCGAGCUGCUCAUGGGACAGGGCUACAACAAGACUGUCGACUGGUGGACCCUGGGUGUCUUGCUCUACGAGAUGUUGACGGGUCUACCUCCAUUCUACGACGAGAACACCAACGAAAUGUACCGCAAGAUUCUGUCAGAGCCUCUUCACUUCUCGGACGUUGUGCCACCCGCAGCCAAGGAUCUCUUGACAAAGUUGCUCAACCGAAACCCCGAGGAGAGACUGGGAGCCAACGGAUCGGCUGAGAUUAAGGCGCAUCCCUUCUUCCAUGCCAUUGACUGGCGCAAGCUGCUCCAGCGCAAGUAUGAGCCUACCUUUAAGCCCAAUGUUGCGGACGCCCUGGAUACUGCCAACUUUGACCCCGAGUUCACUUCGGAGGCGCCCCAAGACUCUUAUGUCGAAGGCCCUAUGCUGUCGCAGACUAUGCAGAACCAAUUUCAGGGAUUUAGCUACAACCGACCGAUUGCGGGUCUGGGAGAUGCUGGCGGCAGUGUCAAGGACCCCUCGUUUGUCGGAAGCCUGACUGAUAACCGAUAG